GAUGCAUAUCCAGACACAAAGCAUGACUUUCACUGUUAUGUCUGAGGACGCAUCUACCUUGGAUUAUAAACCUUCUAUACUUAAUCGGUCGAAAAGUUGGGACUGGAGUGAAAAGAUAUGGGAUAUACUGAACGUGAAAUGAUGUGGAACAGAUUACCGACAUGGCAGGUGUUUUUGUGGUGGCAUCAUUUCUUUCUUUUGUGGACUACAAUAGACGGACAGACUCGCUACAGCAUACCAGAAGAACUGAAACAGGGCUCUGUGGUAGGAAAUAUAGCCAAAGAUUUGGGUUUGGUUGUGUCUGAACUGCAUUGGCGUAAAUUGCGGUUAACCUCGGAAGCUGGUAAGCAGUAUUUUAGUGUGGACUUGGGGAAGGGAGAACUGGUGGUCACCGAUAGAAUAGAUAGGGAGGAAAUGUGUGGGCAAAAACCAUCGUGUUUGUUGCCUCUGGAACUAGUUAUUGAUAACCCUCUACAGCUGCACAGAGUCGAAAUUGAAAUACAGGACACCAAUGAUAAUUCUCCUAGUUUUCUUACAAAAGAAAAGGUGGUAAAAAUUGCAGAGCUGGUAAAUCCAGGUGCGCGAUUUCCUUUAGAAAGUGCGCAGGAUCCCGAUGUCGGCGUUAAUUCUGUGCGUUCUUACAUGCUAAGCAAAAACGACAAUUUCAAACUGACUGUUAAAAAUCACAAGGACGGAAGGAAGAUCCCUGAAUUAGUGCUUGAAAAACCUCUUGAUCGAGAAAAGAUGCCUGUACAUAAUCUCAUCCUCACCGCUGUAGAUGGUGGAGAUCCGGUGCGUUCAGGGACAUCUGAAAUUACAGUUAUAGUACUUGACAUCAAUGACAAUGCGCCCCAGUUUGAAAAACAAGUGUAUGAGACUAAUGUUAGUGAGAAAGCAACACCCGGGACUGAAAUACUGCACGUUAAGGCCACGGAUGCAGACGAAGGAGUAAAUGGAGAAAUCGAAUAUUUUUUUGCAGAACAAACAUCGGAUUUGAUUUUGUCGUUAUUUGCCAUUGAAUCUUCUACUGGAACUAUAGUUGUUAGAGGAAAUUUAGACCAUGAAACAAACUCUUUACAUAGAUUUGAUAUUACUGCCAAAGACAAAGGAAAUCCUCAGAUGGAUGGGCACUGUGGGAUCGAAAUUAAAAUACUUGACAUUAACGACAAUAAUCCUGAAAUCAUUGUUACAUCUUUAACAUCGCCUGUUCCAGAAGACUCUGCAGUCGGGACAGUUAUUGCAUUAAUAAGUGCAAAAGACCCAGAUUCUGGUGACAAUGGCAAAGUUUUACUGACCUUAUCCCCCAAAUCUCCCUUUAAGCUAAACCCUUCCGUUUCUAACCAUUAUUCAUUAGUGACAAAUGGGCGACUUGACCGUGAAAAAAACGCCCAAUAUAGAGUUAAAAUAAGUGCUUCUGACUCAGGAAACCCCGCAUUAACAAGUGAAAAAAUAAUACUCGUUGAAUUGUCAGAUGUAAAUGACAACCCACCAAUUUUCUCCAAGCCCUCUUAUCUCAUUUAUGUAAAAGAAAACCAUCCUCCUGGGAAAAUCUUGUGCUCUGUGUCCGCAACUGAUCCUGAUGCCGGUGAAAACGCAAAGGUCUCUUACUCUAUACUGGACUCUAAAGUGCAGGACGUUUCUGUCUCAUCGUAUGUUUACAUUAACUCAGAUAACGGCAGCAUCUACAGCAUGCACUCGUUUGACUAUGAGAAACUGAAGGUGUUUCAGAUUCAGGUCCAGGCAAAGGAUCAG